AUGGCUCAUCAGGAGAGCGCUCAAUUUGGGAAAGGAGAUUUUGUUCUCCUGGAUGAAAUUACCGAAGAUGCUUUCAUGGCGAAUUUGAAAAUGCGAUUCCAAAAGGGGCGCAUCUACACAUACAUCGGAGAAGUAGUGGUAUCCAUCAACCCAUACAGAACUGUCAACAUUUACGGAGAUGAGCAGGUUAAUGACUACAGAGGGCGGGAGAUCUACGAACGGCCCCCUCAUAUAUUUGCCAUUGCAGACGCUGCGUACAAGUCAAUGAAAAGGAGAGCCAGGGACACAUGUAUUGUUAUAUCAGGUGAGAGUGGCUCAGGGAAGACAGAAGCCUCCAAGAUCAUUAUGAGAUACAUUGCAGCAGUCACAAAUGUGAGUCAACAAGCAGAGGUAGAAAGAGUGAAAAACAUCUUGAUCCAAUCCAAUGCUCUCCUGGAAGCAUUCGGGAAUGCCAAGACAAACAGGAACGACAACUCAAGCCGCUUUGGCAAGUACAUGGAUAUCAACUUUGACUUCAAAGGAGAUCCUAUUGGUGGGCACAUUAACAACUAUCUUCUUGAAAAGUCAAGAGUUAUACACCAGCAGAAAGGAGAGAGGAACUUUCAUUCUUUCUACCAGCUUCUAGUAGGAUGCACAGAACAGAUGCUGAAGGAAUUCAAGCUGAAGAGGGAUCCUAAAGCCUUCUUCUACAUCAAUCAGGGAAAUGGCGCAACAGGUUCACAAGCAGGACAUGAUAGGAGGGACUACAAGGCGGCUCAAGAAGCAAUGAGGGAUCUUAGCUUCACCCCCGAAGAGCAAAAGACUGUCUGGACAAUGGUGGCAGCCAUUAUGCAUCUGGGUGAGGUCCAGUUCGAGCCCGACAAAGAUGAAGGUUCCAAGGUCCAAAACAAAGACGCCAUCAAGACGCUCGCGACCCUGCUCAAGGUCAGCAAAGAUGACCUCACCACUGCGUUAUGCUUCCGGGUCGUUGCUGCAGGGUCAAAUGAGGUCGUGCACAAAGGUCACACCAAGGAUCAGGCCUACCACGGAAGGGAUGCUUUUGCCAAGGCAAUAUAUGAACGCCUCUUCACAUGGAUCGUGGGUAAGGUGAACAAUGCCAUCCAGGUCAGAGGAACAGUGAAGGAUCAUGGCAAGGAGACAGUCAUCGGUGUGCUGGAUAUCUACGGCUUUGAGAUAUUUGAUGACAACAGCUUUGAGCAGUUCUGCAUCAACUACUGCAAUGAGAAGCUCCAGCAGCUCUUCAUAGAGCUCGUCCUCAAACAGGAGCAGGAGGAGUACCAACGGGAAGGCAUCGAGUGGACCAAGGUGGAGUACUUCAACAACUGCAUCAUCUGUGACCUGGUGGAGGAGCAACACAAGGGGGUCAUUGCGAUCCUCGACGAGGCCUGCUUGAACGUUGGGAAGAUCACCGAUGCCAUCUUUUUGGAUGCUAUGAACAAGAAACUCUCCUCCCAUCCUCACUUCACAAGUAGAGCUCUCCAGCCAGGAGAGAAGAGCCUUGAACACGGGAAGAACUUCAUGAUCAAGCACUAUGCUGGUGAUGUCACAUAUGAUGUGACUGGUUUCAUGGACAAGAACAAGGACACCCUCUUCCAGGAUUUCAAACGUCUUCUCUUCUCCAGUCAGAACGCAACAAUCUCAUCAAUGUGGCCUGAAGGUCAGCAGAAAGUCACUGCAGUAACGAAGCGACCGCCCACCGCUGGUACAGUCUUCAAGAACUCCAUGAUAGAACUAGUUAAAAACCUGGCCUCAAAGGAGCCAUACUACGUGAGGUGCAUCAAACCCAACGAGGAGAAAUCACCCCUACUCUUUGAGGAUGUACGGUGUCUACAUCAAGUCAGGUAUCUGGGACUGUUGGAGAACGUCCGUGUGAGGAGGGCAGGCUUCGCUUCCAGACAGCACUACCAACGAUUUCUUCUCAGGUAUAAGAUGUUAUCAGGCUACACCUGGCCUAACUUCCGAGGGGGAGAUGACAAGCUCGGGGUCGAGACCCUGGUCAAUGAACUCCAGCUGGACCAUGAUGUCAAGUACGGCAAGACAAAGAUUUUCAUCAGAACCCCAAGGACUAUAGUCCAGCUCGAGGAGGCCAGGACCAGGUUACUUCCAGCUCUAGCCACAUUCCUGCAGAAGCUUUGGAGAGGCACCCUAGCCAGGUGGCGAGUCAAGAAGAUGCGAGCCAUCUACCUGAUCAUGAGUGCUUACAAGCGCUACGUCAGGAGGUCCUACAUGAACAAGGUCAAGGCUACGUUUGGUCGGGUCAAGCAGAAGAGGGAUUAUGGGAGGAGUCUGGAAUGGCCAGAGCCCCACAGGUGGAUGAGACCCCUUUCCAAGUUGCUACAGAAGUCACAUAGGAGAUGGAUAGCUGCUCAGAUCCUAAGGAACAUCCCCAGAGAAGAAUGGCCGGAGGUCAGGUUAAAGUCAGCUGCACAGUCGGCCUUGGCAGGUCGAAGGUCAAACUGGGGUCACCAAAGGAGGUGGAAGGGAGAUUAUCUCUCCUCUAUGGAUGAGAAUUUCCAAUCAUCUGUAUAUGUAGCGAUGAUAGGACAACUCAAAACCAAAGACAGGUUCAACAAUGUUCUCUUCUCAUCAAGAAUACUCAAGGUUAACAAGCAUAAUAAGUUUGCAGAGAGGGCGCUCGUCGUCACCGAUCAGUUCAUCUACAAACUGGAUCCCAAGAAGAACUUUAAACUCAUGAGACCAGGAACUCCAGUUUCAGAGGUAACGGGUGUGAGCGUGACCCCCGGUAGAGAUCAGCUGAUCAUAGUCCAUCUAUCAGGUGACAAUGACAUCGUCGUGUGCCUUACCAAUGAUGCCAGAGAGAACCGAGUGCCUGAGCUUGUUGGAAUCCUGGAAGAUACGUGGGUGGGCACUCGUAAACGAGAGAUCCGGACCAUCGUCAGCAACAACCUGCAGUGCCAGCUGGGAAAGAAGCAGCGGAAGAUCCGCGUCCAACCGACUGGUGUUGAUGAACCAGUCUUCCAAAGAGAUCAUCAUGACUUCAUCCUACAAUGGCCCAGCAUUGAGAGCUGAGAGUACUGCUGACCUAGACCUUUAAGGCUUUGUCAUACUGAUCCAGCCCAGGUAACCUGCCCCAAAGCUUACCAACUUGUCCGAAAAGUAAUCCCAUAAAACAGUUCUGACUACUCUCCGACUGCCGCAAUACCGAUGCUACCCUAUCUACGGCAAGUCAGCGCUAGUCUGAAGCAGCCUGCAGAAACAAGCAGGCGAAAGCUGACCAAGGUCAAAACCAAUUUGAUCGUGAAAAGAUGAAAAUUUGUUUUAUUUGAGUCUUACCCAUCAGAUGAAUCUCUUUCCAGAGUUCUGACUACUGUUUGGGUACAUGUUAGGUGUGAGCAGUCUUUGGAGAAUCGUCAAACACUUUUUGUACACUAUGAGCUGGCGGCGUUUUCUGAGUAGGUUUUGCCAGUGACUUUCACAGAGAGAUAUUAUAAGCUACUGCGCAUCUUUGCAGCUUAUUGGCUGAUAACAAAUUAGUUAGUGAAAGUCAUUGACAAAGCUUUCCAUGAAGCGUUUUUUUCUUGGACAAAUGAUAUAAGCUACUGCGAAUCCUUGCAUCUGAUUGGCUGGUAACAAGCAAGUCGGUGAAUGUCAUUGAUGAAAUAUUCCAUGAAACCUAUUCCCUGGUCUAUUUUGUGGCCCAAACCAUCUUCAAAGUGCAGGGCUUUUAUUCUGAAAUCCUGAUGGCCUUUUAGUAUCUAGUGCGUUAUGCAGCCAAGCUUGUGUAUAAGGAAAUGCAACCAAAUGAAUCUGUUAUGAAAUGAAAGAUGAAAACUGAUUCUGCAACGAAACAUUGCCGUUUUACUGGAUCAAUGUAGCAUUCAACGAAGCAUUGCCCUGUUGGCCUACUCCCUUGGAACAACCUAGAGUUAUUUUUAACUCUCUAUUUUUUUUUUGCUCUCAUUGUAAUCAAUUUGUAGAAUUAACUUCCCAAUAAGGGAUGAAUUAAUACAUUUACAUGUGUUUCUAUUUUUUUUUCUUAAUAUAUCAUAUCAUUCAGUUGAAUGGUAGCUAUGUGAAUCUUUUACUACUCCAUGCCUUAUCAAUUUUGGAAGCACCAUGGUGUAGUGGUUCUGACUCUUGCGUUGUAAUCAGAGGGUCAUGUGUUCGAGUCCCACCAUGGCCUAACGUCCGCUGACACUCUCCACCCUGGUGGGUACUUGGUAGGAUGCAAAAGCUAAUGUAUUUUAAUUAGCAUUUUAGUUUGAAACUCUUGUUGGAAUGCUCCUCAGGGUAUGGAGUGUGUAUAUGUAAUCAUGCAAUGAUUUAAUAUGAAAAAGUUCUUUAAUAACUUGUUCCAGUAUAUUAAGCGGAAUAUUGAUAAUAGUGUUCCGUUGAAGCAACUGAGAGGUGUGUCUUUACAUUGUACAUAAAAGAUGAUAAUAUUUUUUUUCCAUAUUUGGACAUGAAAACAACUCUUUCAUAUACCAUGGACAUGGAAUUAUUUAUGAAUAAGAUGUACUUAAACAGACAUUCCAAAAACCUGUGUGUUAGUAAAGAUUGGUGACUGUACAAGGAUUAUGUAUACAUGUAACUGAGGGAUUCUAUUUGAUAAGAAUUUUGUAGCUAACAGGAGAAUUUUGCAAUGGCUAUUAAAAUUGGCUAGUCCUUAUGACUGUGAUCAUAUUUGUAAGGCUUAUCAAAUAUGAAGGAUCUUCAUCGCUAUCUUUUAGAACAUUAGUUUUAUACACAUCAUUGUGCUAGAGCAUUAGAAUAACUUCACACAUUUGUUAACACUGAAACAGUCGAGACGCCCUUGGCUACGCCUUGGGCAUGUUGGGACUGUACCAGAAUUACCUUGUGCGUGUAAUUCUUACAAGUGCUCCCUAUGAUUUGUUCUAUUUGUCUUUUAAUCAACGUUGAAAAUUAACGACUGCCUUCUGCAUGUAGAGUUAGUAAAGCUUAUGAAGUGCAAUACACGUGUCAAUGAUAUCUACCACAGUAAUUACAAGUACAUUUUCUUUUGCUAUUUCUCCCCCAAUCACAUUACAUGCAUGUGAAAACAGUUGAACACCUUGCUUAAUUUUGUCAUUUCAUAUGCUAUGAAUGAUGUACAUGUAUGCACGUUCAGCGAAAUACACAUACAUUUCCAAUCAAAUUUCAAUCAUUGCACAAAUUGAUGUGUUUGGACCAACAAACUAUACCUAAUUGUCUAUGCAAAUCAUUCAUGUGAUAUGUUGUAAAACUAAUUAAUUUUUUAAAACUAAUUAAUGCAUUUGGUGUCUAUUUUUUUGCUAAUUAUACUAGUCUUUCUUCAAUUUUGGAACCUUGCAUUGUAAUAGGAUAAAAGAGAUUUUAUUUUGAAAUGUUAUGAUUAUAGAAUAUUCUUUCUUCAAUGUGUGCUAAAUUAUUAAAGGCAUCUUGUCAAAAUCUGUGACGUCUUCUGACAGGAAAACUGCAAUAAAGGCACUAUGCGUCUUUUCAUAGCGGCUUUCUUGCAUUCCUCAUCAUUUUGUCUAUGAUGCAAUGUGAGGAUUGGUGAUGAAAGGCCGCUUGCGGGUUGCCUGUUGGAAAGACACUGCUUUGACUUUUGACCAGAGUCCCGUCUUACAAAGAGUUGCGAUUGAUCCGAUCAAUCGCAACUAUGGAAAGCCAGCAAUAUCAACAUCUAACAUACACGUUUGUUCAAAAUGUUUUCUAGAAAUGACGUAUAUUCAUACAUUCACUGCUUUCUUGACAAAUCAAUAUGCUUCUCCAGAGCUGCCAAGUAGUACGAUUUUUCCGUAUUUAGUACGUUUUUUCUUUUAAAAAUACGUUUUUUGUAUUUAAAAAAAAAAAAAAAAAAAAAAAAAUCGAAAUUUAUUGAGAAAAAUCAUCUCUAUAUGUCUCUAUUUCAUAAAACGUACACAAAUAUGGUUAUUAGAUCAAUGUAAUUUCAGGUAACUUGUUUUUUUUUCAAUUAUUUUGUAAAAACCAGGUUGAGAUAUACACAGGUUUCAAUGUUUUUUUUUUGUUUUUAUCUGCAAGAGCAGUGCACAUUUAGCUUGCAUGCAGCUUGAGCGCCGUGAUGGGCGAGUGCGCCAAGCAUUUUAUUAUGAAAUACACUUUUUUGGGGAAAAAUACAAAAUAUUUAUCUCACACGGUAAAAAUACUGAUUUUUUUUGGUCAAAAUACUGAUUUGGGGGGAUAAGAAUACUGAAAAUGCAAAAUACAACUUGGCAGCUCUGCUUCUCUUUGUUUUCAAUCGACAUUGAACAAAUUUCCUAAAGAAAAAAAUUGACAAUGAUGGAUUUCCAUAUAUUUGAGAUCGGUCGGAUCAAAUGUUACUCUUUGUAAGACGGGGCCCUGGAGCCUAAAAUGAAAGAUAAUGUUUGUUCAAAUUGUUACCUUUGAAUUUUACUUACAUAUAUGUAACUUGUAUCAUCUGGUAUCAUCAUAAGUUUAUAGACCAAGCUCUUUUGAAAAUAUCUGAAUUGUGUGUGAAGUUGCAGACUUUACAUACAUUGAGUUUGGCAUGAUAUUUCUGCAUGCAACGAUAGUUUCAAAUUUAUUGUACAAUUAUAUUUUGUGCUUCUUAUCUACCCUGAAUCUAUUUAUUUUCAUCUCUCUGUGAGUUUCUUUUUAUAUCUAAGUUUUCAUUUUAUAUAUAGUGGUUUUUGCGUUCAUUUCUGACAUAAACAUUGUGAUACAUGUACUCAAAUUAUUCCAAGACUAAUAAGAAAACCGAAAUCAUACAUAUUCUGUGGUACAAUUUUUUUUUUCUUUGCAUGGUCCAUAAUACUGCAGUUAAGCCAUUGCUACUGGAGCUAGAUAGUCCAUGUACAAAUUCUAUGGGAAAUACAGAAUUGGGUAGUCAUCAUGUUAGCAUUACCUCUCUUCCUAGCCUCUCUUUUGAGUUUAUAUACAAUACUUUGGGCCAGUAUUGAGCGUGUCAAACAAAAGUUUAUAUGUGAAAUUUGUGCAGUGGUUUGCACAGCCUAAUGGGUACAGGUAUGAUUCCACUAAUAAUACAAUUAAUACAUGCUAUUCUGUUGUCAAAUUUCUCUGAAAAGUUUUAGACUACUUAUAUGUUUUUUUUAUUAUGGAGGUUAUUUAGAGAUAGGGAUGUGUAAUGUUUAAAUUGAUGGUUAAUCUUUUGGUAGAUGGCCAAUGCUAGAAAUAUUUCUGUUUACUGACGUCGUAUCAUUGACUGAGUCGUCCAGCCGAGUCGAGGUCAAGAUGAUUUUUGGUAUACAGGUAAUAUCACUGGGGCCUUUGUUACAAAGAGUUGCGAUUGAUCC